CCCGUCCGCCAGGUGGCAGUAACAUCGGCCGGCUCAGGCUAAUCAGCAAAGAAAGAUGGAGGCGGCCGUGUUCAUUUUGUCGCUAAUCGACUGUUGUGCGCUGAUUUUCCUUGCGGUGUAUUUUAUCAUCACCUUGUCUGAUUUAGAAUGUGACUACAUCAACGCCAGGGCCUGCUGCUCCAAACUCAACAAAUGGGUUAUUCCAGAGAUGGUUGGCCAGUGUCUCUCCACGCUGCUGAUGUUUAUUUCCACGCACUGGUUCAUCUUCCUCCUCAAUCUCCCAGUAGCAGCCUGGGACAUUUAUAGGUACGUCAAGGUCCCGAUGGGAAACAUGGGCGUGUUUGACCCCACUGAGAUCCACAACCGGGGUCAGCUCAAGUCUCACAUGAAGGAGGCCAUGAUUAAACUGGGCUACCACCUGCUUUGCUUCUUCAUUUACUUAUACAGCAUGAUACUGGCUCUGAUCAAUGACUGAAACCACCUGUCAGACUCCUGGAUUGGACCCCAUGUAGAACCUCCCCGACUCAACCCGAACAAUCUCAUGGAUUUUUGACCAACAAUCAAAUUGCGUGUGUUUCUAAGAAUACUUGAAAUCUCAAACUGGGCCAAACAUCGUAACUCCCACGGUUUCAUGUUGUCAUUUGCACUGACAUUAUCGGAAUCUUUAUUUUUAUUUUUUUUUAUGUGCGUCUGUAUCGCACACACGUACAGUGGAACCUUGGUUAGCGGCAAAGAUUUAUUCCAGAGGGUCCGACUCUAACUGAAACGGAUGCUAACCAAAUCAUAAUCGUUUCCCAUAAGAAAUCCUGUACAUUCAAUCCAAUUCAUCCCAUCCAGAAAGCUAAACUGUUUUUGUAGUUUUACAUCCUCACAAAGGUCGUAGGCAUGCUGGAGCCUAUCCCAGCAGUCUUUGGCGUAGUCAAAUAUCACACCUUCACUCUUUCAUGUUCAAAAAAAAUUGCUCAUUAUUAGUGGAAACGUGCAUAUUUUAGCUAAUUGUACUUAUUCUUGGCCUAAAUGACGUAAAUUAGGUCCUGAAUUAGGUUUCAACUAUCCCGAUACAGUCCAACACCUCAUUAGCGAUAUCAAUUGAUACCAACACUUUUUCACUGUGAUGUCACAAAUAGACACUGUUGCUACAAAAUAAGACAAAUACCACAAUGCAAUGCGAGCUGAAGAAAAAGUGGCAUGUCUCAAGAAAAGGCAUUAAAAACCACGAGCGAUUCCAGGAAGACGCCUUACUUGCCCCUCGCUUAACCAGCGUCCGUUGCCACUUCAAGCUAUUUUCCUGAGACCCUGCGCUUUUAUUAUGAAGGCAGGAAGUGUGCUGUUUUGUGUCUUUGGGCAGAAAAAGUGCCUCCCGAGCAUAAAAAAUAUCUUGCAUUUUGAUUUGGGUGGGGGGAAAAAACUGCAGGCUUUUCCUCUCUAUGGAAGGACGGCACUCAGGAUGACACGUCUUGUAUAGCAGACAUGCUAGCAGCAGCCUCACCUGAUCAGGAAAUGUUCAAAUUCAUCGAUUUUUACUUCAACAAAAUGUUCAAAAUGAUUGGACUCAUAAAUUGAGAAUGCAAAUAUUCAUGUUUGUUUUAUAAGAUCAUUAUUAUUAUUAUUAUUAGUUUUUAUUUUUCAUCAUGACUGCUGAGACUCUGCCUCCCCUGACUGCACAAAACACAUUUUUAUCGUUUUAUUAUUGUAUUUAUUAUUUUGCUAUUGUAGUUCUACGUGCUUACGGCAAUUCAAAAUGGUGAAUGAAAUUACCAUCAUUGAAGACGUGAUAGUUGCCAGACGUGGACACCACCUGCCUGUUUUGCCAUGACUUAUUUCUUGAUUUAUAUACUUGACACUCACUUCAAGUACUUUUUGAAAAAUAAGCCAAAAUGGAGCCAAAGAAAAGUGUUUUGCAGCGUGAGGAAAAUUCAAGCAAUAACUCAUGGCAAAACAGGAAGGUGGCGUCCGUGUUGAUCUUGCUUUGUCUUUGGCAACCAUCACGUCUUCGGUGAAGGUUGAGUCAACUUAAACGUUCAUUUAUUCCUUUCAUUCAGCAUUGAGAUGCAUGUAGAAUUGCUUUAUGCUUGUAAAACUACAACAACGUGUGCUAACGGUGUUAGUUAGCAAAAAGCUAACCGCUUCCAGUUUGAUGCGUUAGCAAGCCAAGACUGCUCACAGGGACAUGAUGUGAUAGAAAAAUGAUUUAUUUUACGUUAGCUGGUAAAACGCGCAGCACAGGAUGUUUACCGUACUCAGACUUGCCAAAACUUGCAUCCUCACAAGUAUUUUCUCUAAAUGAUGGCUAUACUAAUAAUAAUAUUUUCUCUAGUUGAUGGCUAUACUAAUAAUAAUAAAUAUUUUCUCUAGUUGAUGGCUAUACUAAUAAUAAUAAAUAUUUUCUCUAGUUGAUGGCUAUACUAAUAAUAAUAAAAACUAACUAUUAAUAACUAAUAAUAUGAAAAAACAAUAAACAUGGCAUCAGUAGGCUUCAUUGAGUCUGGACAUCAUACACUCCCCCCAUUCCAUUGGGGGCAUGGGGGCCGUCUUGAGGAGCCAAACAAGACUAACGAUGAUUGAACGCCACCAGUGUUAAUUUCUUUUUUUUUUUACAUUUUGAGUUUC